GCGGGGGGCCGGCGCCAUGGCCGAGCGGGGCCGCCUGGGCCUCGCCGGCGCGCCCGCAGCGCUCAACACGCCGGUGCCCAUGAACCUGUUCGCCACCUGGGAGGUGGACGGCUCCAGCCCCAGCUGCGUGCCCAGGUUGUGCAGCCUGACCUUGAAGAAGCUGGUGGUCUUCAAGGAGCUGGAGAAAGAACCCAUCUCCGUAGUGAUUGCUGUGAAGAUGCAGGGCUCCAAACGCAUCCUGCGGUCCCAUGAGAUCGUGCUGCCCCCCAGUGGACAAGUGGAGACCGACCUGGCCCUGACCUUCUCCCUGCAGUACCCUCACUUCCUGAAGAGAGACGGCAACAGGCUGCAGGUCAUGCUGCAGCGGAGGAAGCGGUACAAGAACCGGACCAUCCUGGGCUACAAGACGCUGGCGGCGGGUGCCAUCAACAUGGCCGAGGUGAUGCAGCGUCCCCCUGAUGGUGGCCAGGUGCUGAGCCUCUGCAGCAGCGUCAAGGACGCCUCUGCCAAGGUGGCCGAGAUCUGCAUCUUCUCCCUGUCCAGCCAGCCCAUCGACCAUGAGGACAGCGCCAUGCAGGCCGGCUCCAAGGCCAAGUCCACGGAUAACUAUUCUGAGGAGGAGUACGAGAGCUUGUCCUCUGAGCAGGAGGCCAGCGACGAUGCGGCACAAGGGCAGGACCUGGACGAGGAUGACUUUGAUGUGGGGAAGCCCAAGAAGCAGCGGAGAUUGAUAGUAAGAACGACGUCCAUGACCAGGCAGCAGAACUUCAAGCAGAAAGUCGUGGCGCUACUGCGCAGGUUUAAAGUGUCAGAGGAGGUCCUAGACUCGGAGCAGGACCCUGCAGAGCACGUCCCUGAGGUGGAGGAGGACCUGGACCUGCUGUAUGACACUCUGGACAUGGACAACCCCAGCGACAGUGGCCCAGACAUGGAGGACGAUGACAGCGUCCUCAGCACUCCGAAGCCCAAGCUCAGGCCGUACUUUGAGGGCCUGUCACACUCCAGCUCGCAGACAGAGAUUGGGAGCGUCCACAGUGCCCGAAGCCAGAAGGAGCCUCCGAGUCCGGCCGACGCACCCGAGAAGAUGCAGGCCCUUGGCGGCAAGCAGCCGAGCGACAGUGUCCCCGACUCGGUGGCCCACCAGAGCACGCCCGCCCCCGGGGAGCAGCUGGCACAGCCCGAGGACAGCCCGGAGGCGGAGACCCCUGCCCUGGACGUGUUCAGUGAGAAGCUGCCGCCCAGCGGGCGCAUCACCAAGACCGAGUCUCUCGUCAUCCCGUCCAGCAGGACCGAGGGGAAGUUGGCCGGCCGCCGGGGCCGGAGCACGUCCCUGAAGGAGCGGCAGGCGUCCCGGCCGCAGAACGAGCGGGCCAACAGCCUGGACAGUGAGCGCUGCCCGGACACACGGAGCCAGCUGCAGAUCCCCAGGAAAACUGUGUACGACCAGCUGAACCACAUCCUCAUCUCGGACGACCAGCUGCCCGAAAACAUCAUCCUGGUCAACACAGCCGACUGGCAGGGGCAGUUUCUCUCGGACGUCCUGCAGCGGCACACACUGCCCGUGGUGUGCACGUGCUCUGCGGCCGACGUGCAGGCAGCCUUCAGCACCAUCGUCUCGCGGAUACAGAGAUACUGCAACUGCAACUCUCAGCCCCCGACGCCUGUGAAGAUCGCGGUGGCCGGGGCACAGCACUACCUCAGCGCCGUGCUGCGGCUGUUCGUGGAGCAGCUGUCCCACAAGACCCCCGACUGGCUGGGCUACAUGCGCUUCCUCGUCAUCCCGCUGGGCUCCCACCCGGUGGCCAGGUACCUGGGCUCCGUGGAUCACCGCUACAACAACUUCUUCCAGGACCUGGCCUGGAGGGACCUGUUCAACAAGCUGGAGGCCCAGAGUGCUGUGCAGGACACGCCGGACAUCGUGUCCAGAAUCACGCAGUACAUCGCAGGGGCCAACUGCGCCCACCAGCUGCCCAUCGCGGAGGCCAUGCUGACCUACAAGCAGAAGAGGAAAAAGAACUUUCAUUUUGACUUUACCCUCAGCCCUGAUGAGGAGUCUUCACAGAAGUUCAUUCCCUUCGUGGGGGUGGUGAAAGUUGGAAUAGUGGAACCAUCCUCGGCCACGUCAGGUGACUCGGACGAUGCAGCGCCCUCGGGCUCCAGCGUGCUCUCGUCCACCCCGCCGUCCACGUCUCCUGCCGCCAAGGAGGCCUCGCCCACCCCGCCCUCCUCCCCGUCGGUGAGCGGGGGCCUGUCCUCCCCCAGCCAGGGUGUCGGCGCCGAGCUGAUGGGGCUUCAGGUGGAUUACUGGACGGCGGCCCAGCCCGCAGACAGGAAGAGAGAUACAGAGAAGAAGGACCUGCCUGCCGCCAAAAACACGCUCAAGUGCACCUUCCGGUCUCUCCAGGUCAGCAGGCUGCCCGGCAGUGGCGAGGCCGCGGCCACUCCCACCAUGUCCAUGACCGUGGUCACCAAGGAGAAGAACAAGAAGGUGAUGUUUCUGCCCAAGAAAACCAAGGACAAGGAUGCAGAGUCCAAGAGCCAGUGCAUCCAGGGCAUCAGCCGCCUCAUCUGCACGGCCAAGCACCAGCAGACCAUGCUGCGGGUCCUCAUCGACGGCGUAGAGUGGAACGACGUCAAGUUCUUCCAGCUGGCGGCCCAGUGGUCCUCCCACGUCAAGCACUUCCCCAUCUGCAUCUUCGGACACUCCAAGUCCACCUUCUAGCCCGCCCGCCGUCUGGCAGCGCUGCGAUGGCCGAGCGUCGGGAGGCCCAGCUGCGUUCCUGUUGACAUUUCAGUUUACUACAUGAGACAGAUCCUUAAAACAAACAAAAACCGUCUUAAGUCCGAAUGUGCUCACAACCCGGAAACUAAUGCACGGUCCCUGCUGGGAACCCCUAACUGCUCUGCUUCUUAACCAGGAUGCUCUGGGGGGCAGGGCGGGGACAGGCAGGGAGUGUCCAGCUUGAGAACCCUAGAAAGUGUUUGGCCUCAGAACCCUCCCCCAGCCUCCCAGCAAGAAAGGUUCUCGUCUUUGUUUCCUUCCUUCCUGAAAGCCAGGACUCCGUUCCUCAGGGAGCCGGGCCCCGGCAGGCAGCCUGCGUGCCCAGGCACAGAGCCAGGCGGCCAGAGGCCCCAUCCUGAGUGGAACAUGGAGACCGGUCAGCCCAGUCCUGGGCGCCAGCCGCCGACCAGCCAGCUGAGUGGCCCCAGCACCACCCACUCCUGGUCCCCAAUAAACUCCAGCCUCAGGCAGCGGAGGUCUUACAGUAGCAGAUAUUUUUAAUGCUUCUAAAUACAUGUUACAAUGUAGCUGCCAAACAGACGUUGCUCUUCUGAAGUCCUAGCGCCUGGGGCUGGGCAGAGCCAGCCAGCACUGUCCCCUCCCAGCCCACACCCACCUCCCUUGACACACUCCCCCAGGCUGUUCUUGAGACACCCCUGUGCCCCAAACUUAGCAAGCACAGUGAUCUGGCCCCGCCUGCUGGCUGUCGGGGGUGUGUGUCACCUGCGGCACUGAUAUGGCCAGUGAAAGCUCAGGCAGGGCAGCCAGGCACUGUUGGGGCAUGGGCACAGGGACUGGCUGGCCUCUCUAGGACAAGCUCCUCAGAGUGAGGACUGGGUCCCAUUCUGGAUGGUGGCCCCCCCUUUUGCCUUCCUGUGCAGCAGGAGGGACAUCUGACCUCCCAGCAGCCAGGGGCCUCCCAGUCCUGCUGCCUCCCCAAAACCCCACACCCCAGGUCUCCAGAAGAAGAGCCUACCAGCCUCCGUCCCGUAUGACCGUGGGACCCCGGCUGCUCUGCAGGGGGCUGUGGGCCUGGUUUCCCGAGGCUGAGAGCCACGCGGCUGUGCUUGGGAAACAGUGCCAAAUGCAGGAUGGACAGCAGGCCGCCCCAUUCUUCAGAGGACAGGCCUCAGCAACAGCCUGUGGCAGAGGGGUCCCGUCCUCGGGGGGUAGGGGAGGCCCAUCUUUCUCACCUGUGACCUACCUGCUUACCUCCUCCCCCAGGUGGCUAUACAGGGUCAGUGUCCAUGGCCAAGGGCCUUGGGUCUAGUUGAUGGACGGGACUUGGGCAUGACCUUGAGUGCAUCCCACACCUCGGGGUGCCUGUGCGCAGAAUGCUGGACAGAGGGCCCUUCCCAUGAGAGCCCCUCGCUGAAAUACACCACCUCCAACGAUGCCUGGACCAGAUGCCCGAGACUCAACUCUGGCUAGGGGCUCUGCCCUCCCUGGGAAAACGUGGGGUGAGACAGCCGCCCCUCGGGCAGCCUGUGAGGCAUCCGCCUGCAGCUACCGGGAAGUGAGCGAGCCUCGAGGUCUUGAGCCUCCCGCUGUCGUUCCCACCACCGGCCUUGGCGCCUUGGUCACUGCUCCUCAAGUUAACUUUCCAAAGGUCACUCAACAGGACAGGUGCAGGUGAAACACCCUUGACUUAGCUUUCUAGCGUCAGAGCUGAUUUUAGAGGAAGGGGCUUGUGGGGGCUGCCCCCGUCCCAUCCUGGCUGUGGGCGGCCCCUUUCCUGGAGCCUCCCCCCUCCCCCAUGCGCGUCCCCGUCCACUUCCGUAGCUGUGUCCCUAUACAUGCGGGGAGGACACCCUGUGCCCCAGCCCUGCAGAGCCCGCUUGUGCGGCCCUGGGCCUGAGUGCCCCAGAGCCCACCCUCCACACCACCCCUGGGCCCGGGAGGUCAUGUAGACACCCCGGCCACUGUGACCCACUCAGAGACUUGGGCUGCAUUCACCUGUGCCUCAGUUUCCCUGUUGGCUUAACGGACAUAUGUCACAUAUCCCCUGCCUACCUCAUGGAGCUGUUCUGAGGAUACACGUAAAAGCACCUUGUCUCUUGAAGGAAGGGGACACAGAAGCCAAAGCCAUCGGUGACAGCCAGUGCAGCCAUGAGCACGGGGGAGGGCAGUGUGGGUGUAAAGAGUGCAGACCCUGGACACUUACCCCACAGGGCAAGAGCAGCCCCUCAGAACAGGGGUUCCCAGCACACUGGGUGACCAAAGGCAACUGGAACUCAGAAGUUAAGCCACCAGUCACCAUGGGGCGAGGCGAGGCUCCUCCUGGGUGGUGUGGGUAAGCUCUGCCCUUGCCCAGGCCAGGUGGGGGCCAGACCCCGUCCUGCAGCCCAGCCGUCUGCUUCCCUCCUGUGUCUGUCCCCUGGGUCAGCAUCUCUGGAGCACGCAGGCUAGUUGUCCUGUGUCAUGGCCACUGCUUAGGGAUGAGAAGGCCCUUGAGGCCAGAGCCAGGGGUGUCUGCAGAGGUUGGCAGGGUUAGAGUGGCCCCGGCCAGCCUUGUGGCACCGUCCUCACGUCCAGAUGGGAAGACCUGACUGCCCUCUGGGGUCUGACCUGUGUCCUGGGACAGAUUCGUCACAAGGCCAUGCCACUUGCUCUGGAGGGCCAGCUGCCUGACCUACACCUGUUCCUCGACCCCUCUCCACACCUGUCCUGUCCUUCCUGAGGUGGGAGGGAGAAAUGUCCCUGGCAGCAGGGUCUGCAGGCAGAGUCCUGAGGGCUGACCUUGGUGGCACCCCCUGGAACCCUGCAGACCCUCAUCCGGUUCAUUGUGAGGUUGGGUUUGCAGGAUGUACGUGUUGCUAAGUUGUUGGGUGUUUUUUUUUUUUAAAUGGAAAACAGGAUUAAUGUAAAUAGCCUUCUUGGGGAACAGAUGCUAAACAGUCACGUAUGUGACCACGUGGACUAUUUUAAGGUGCUGAUGCUACACUAAUAAACCUGGGCAGCACAACCCCAGGCCCUC